CUCUCCAUGACCCAAUCCCUCAAAGUCGCCGUGAUGGGCGCAGGCGCCGUCGGUUGUUAUUUCGGCGGCAUGCUGGCGCGAGCCGGGCAUGAGGUCGUGCUGAUCGCGCGGCCCCAGCACGUGGAGGCGAUUGAACGCGACGGCCUGCGCAUGGAAACCCGCAUGUUCGACGAACACGUUCGGCUUGCCGCCAGCAGCGACCCGGCCGCCGUCAAGGGCGCCGACCUGGUGCUGUUCUGCGUCAAGUCCACCGACACCGAAUCGGCCGGCGCAUUGAUACGCCCGCAUCUCGCGGCCGGCACCCUGGUGCUGUGCCUGCAAAACGGCGUGGACAACGCCGACCGCCUGCGCGCCGUGCUGCCCGGCACCGCCGUGGCCGCCGCCGUGGUCUAUGUCGCCACCGAAAUGGCCGGCCCCGGCCACCUCAAGCACCAUGGCCGCGGCGACCUGGUCAUCGAGCCCUCAACGCGCAGCGACAGCGCCGCGCAAGCCCUGGUCGCGGCCGGCGUGCCCACCGAGAUCUCCGCCAACGUGCGCGGCGCGCUGUGGGCCAAGCUCAUCCUCAACUGCGCCUACAACGCCGUCUCGGCCAUCGCCCAGCUGCCUUACGGCAAGACGGUGCAAGGCGUGGGCGUCGUCGACGUGAUGCGCGACGUGGUCGCCGAAUGCCUGGCCGUGGCCAAGGCCGAAGGCGUGCAGGUGGCCGGCGAUGUGCAUGUCGCCGUCGAAAAGCUGGCCGCCAGCAUGCCGAAUCAAUAUGCCUCCACCGCGCAAGACCUCGCGCGCGGCAAGCCCACCGAGAUCGACUACCUCAACGGCCUGAUCGUCAAACGCGGGGAUGCGCUGGGGGUACCGGUGCCGGCGAACCGGGUGUUGUGGGCCAUGGUGAAGUUGCUUGAAGGAAAAGCCGCAGCGGCCUGA